AUUUUCAUAUCGUAAAUUCGUAAUGCCUAAUUCUAGGCUAUAUCUACAAAUAUUUUGUUUAUAGAUACCUAAUGCUAAGAAUAAAACAUUUAUCUUAAACCUAUGUAAAUUUUAUGCUUCUGUUGGUUAAAACAAACAUUAUAAUUUAAAAGCGUAUAUUUGUUAAUAAUAAUUAUGGCUGAUACAAGCAAUAAAGAACAAUCCACCACAAAGGUUCCCAUGAUAUAUGUAUGUGGAGAAUGCCAUAGAGAAAAUGAAAUAAAAACGAAAGACCCUAUACGAUGCAGAGAAUGUGGUUACAGAAUUAUGUACAAGAAAAGAACAAAAAGAUUGGUGGUAUUCGAUGCUCGCUGACGCAGAAGAACAAAUACGACAAGAUUCAUAUUUUACAUUUAGUUUAUUAUUCUUAUCAUUAUAAAAUAUCCAUCCAUAUAAUGUAUAAUAAACAAUAAAUGAGUAAAUAUUUGACAA